GCUAGCAUUCGGCGGAGCCGCCCGGGCGGCCGGGACCCGCGAACGCCGAGCCUGGGGCGCAAGGCGAGCGCUGCCAGUCGCUCCAGCUCCUGCUCCUCGCCCGGCGGGCGGGCCAUGUCCCGGACUCUGGCCGCGGCGCGCACUCCGGUCCGGCCAUGAGGAGCGGCGCCGAGCGCAGGGGCAGCAGCGCCGCGGCGCCCCCCGGCUCGCCGCCCAUCGGCCGCGCGCGCCCCGCCGGCCCCGACGCGCCCCCCGCCCCGCCGCCGCCCGCCGCCGGCCAGCCCCGGGCCAGGGACACGGGCGAUGCCCGCGCGCAGCCGCGCCCUCUGUUUCCGUGGAGCAAGUGGAAGAAGAGGAUGGGCUCGUCCAUGUCGGCGGCCACCGCGCGGAGGCCGGUGUUUGAUGACAAGGAGGACGUGAACUUGGACCACUUCCAGAUUCUCCGUGCCAUUGGGAAGGGCAGCUUCGGCAAGGUGUGCAUCGUGCAGAAGCGGGACACGGAGAAGAUGUACGCGAUGAAGUACAUGAACAAGCAGCAGUGCAUUGAGCGGGGUGAGGUCCGCAAUGUGUUCCGGGAGCUGGAGAUCCUGCAGGAGAUCGAGCACGUCUUCCUGGUGAACCUGUGGUACUCCUUCCAGGACGAGGAGGACAUGUUCAUGGUGGUGGACCUGCUGCCGGGGGGAGACCUGCGCUACCACUUGCAGCAGAACGUCCAGUUCUCUGAGGACACCGUGAGGCUAUACGUUUGUGAGACGGCACUGGCCCUUGACUACCUGCGCAGUCAGCACAUCAUCCACAGAGACGUGAAGCCCGAUAACAUCCUCCUGGAUGAGCGAGGACAUGCGCACCUGACUGACUUCAACAUCGCCACCAUCAUAAAGGAUGGCGAGAGGGCGACUGCGCUGGCCGGGACCAAGCCGUACAUGGCUCCGGAGAUCUUCCAGUCUUUUGUCAACGGUGGGACUGGCUACUCCUUCGAGGUGGACUGGUGGUCGGUGGGGGUGAUGGCCUAUGAACUGCUGCGUGGAUGGAGGCCCUACGACAUCCACUCGGGCAACACCGCGGAGUCCCUGGUGCAGCUGUUCAGCACCGUGAGCGUCCAGUACGUGCCCACCUGGUCCAAGGAGAUGGUGGCCCUGCUGCGGAAGCUGCUCACCGUGAACCCCAAGCACCGCGUGUCCAGCCUGCAGGACAUGCAGGCGGCCCCCGCACUGGCCGAUGUGCUGUGGACCGAGCUGAGUGAGAAGAAGGUGGAGCCCGGCUUCGUGCCCAACAAAGGCCGCCUGCACUGCGACCCCACCUUCGAGCUGGAGGAGAUGAUCCUGGAGUCGCGGCCGCUGCACAAGAAGAAGAAGCGCCUGGCCAAGAACAGGUCGCGGGACAGCAGCAGGGACAGCUCCCAGUCGGAGAAUGACUACCUUCAGGACUGCCUUGAUGCCAUCCAGCAAGACUUCGUGAUUUUUAAUAGAGAAAAGCUGAAGAGGAGCCAGGACCCCACGAGCGAGCCCCUCCCCGCACCUGAGCCCGGGGAGGGCGCAGAGGCCUUGGCGGACGGCGAGGGGGCGCGCUCGGCCCUGCGUGUGUGCGGCACCAUUUGCCCCUCGGCCGGGAGCGGCUAGGCGGCCCCUGCCCACGGCGUCAGCUCAGGUCACGCCGGAGACUCGGGGCCUCCAGAGGGACCCGGCGGCGGGCGGAGGCCCAGCAUCGACUUUCCCACGGAGCGGCCCGGCGGGUCCAGGCCCAGGCCCAGGCCGGCGGCUCCCGCUGCAGCCCGGCUGGACUUUCCCUGGACAGUCUGACCGCCGAGGCUGCCCUCCGGCUCUCGGCAGCACGUGGUGACAAGAGGCUGUGGGUGUGGCCAAGAGCAGUGGGCACGGAGGGCGGGGCCACCCGGGCGAUGGCGGACGGAAGCACGUGGCCCGCACGCGGGCUCUCCUGGUGGCCCCCCGACGGGCCGCGUGGUUGGACGGGCACCCUGGUCUCCUGCCACCUGCUGUACAUAGCUCGCCUCGCCCGGCCGUGCCGCCUGGAGCCGGGGUGGGGGUGGGGGGCCAGCCCAGG